UCCUCGGCGCCCGUGUCGGGCGGCAAUCCCUAACCUGCGUGGGCCCAGCGUAGUCUUUGCUUUCCCGCCAGCGCCAGCUUCCAGGUUCUCCCUCGGCCCGGGGCUGGCCUGGCGUGGGUGUGUGGAAGGCGGAAGCAGCUGCCGGCGCUGUCUCCGCGCCUGGGUGCUUAAUCCUCGCCCGCCAUGUCCCGGGGCUUCGAGCUGCAGCCGCUGGACGGCGGCCCCCGGGUGGCCCUGGGGCCCGGGGAGACGGUGAUCGGCCGCGGGCCGCUGCUGGGAAUAACAGACAAGAAGGUGUCUAGAAGACAUGCCAUUCUUGAGGUGGUGGGUGGUCAGCUUCGAAUCAAACCGAUACAUACAAAUCCGUGUUUUUAUCAGUCUUCUGAGACAGGCCAGCUCUUACCAAUGAAGAGAAAUCUAUGGUGCUGGCUGCAUCCUGGAGAUAGAUUAUCUUUGUUAGUCGACAAGUACAUUUUCCGUGUUUCCUCUAUACAUUCUGAAACAGAUCUGGAAUGUACCUUAAUAAACAGUCAAUCAUUUGAUGAAAAUGAUAUAUUGAAUGAAAUACCAAAGUCUCCAGUGAUAAAUUUACCUAAUAAGACAACUGGUACCUCACAGUUGGAAAGCAGCCCAGAAAUAACCAAGAGCCAAACGUCCACAGUGAAUAACCUGUCUUUCCUAGGUGAAUGUAGUACAAACCCUGCCCAGAGGAAAAGAAUCCUUCCAGCUUGGAUGUUGGCAGAAAAUUUAAGUGAUCAAGACCUUUUAGCACCUAUUGUCAGUGGAGGUAAUGGCGUCAUCCAGGGAAAUGGAAAAGAAGGGAGCUGCAAAAAAUCCACUCUACUAGAUAUGACACAGCAAGGCAGAAAGCGAUUGAUUUCAUCAGGAAAUUCAGAAAGUAGAUCAGCAGAACAAAACUCAGGGAAAAAAAAUAAAAAUAUUGAUCAAGAAGAGCCUGUCAUUUCAUCCAAGGAAAUACUAGAUUCAUUUUCUCCAAUUACAUUAAGUAAUACAAAUGUGAACAGUACAAAGACUAAAACACAGAGAAACAAAACUGUUCUUGAUGAACACGAAGUUGUGACUAAGGAAACACCAAAUGAAGAGGACAAGGUGGCAAGUUGUUCUGAGAGUUGUUUGAGUGUCCAAAGCAAGUCAUUCCCUACUGAGUCUGACAGAUGCCAUCCUGAUUCUGGCUCUGAUCCCUCUAGUCCUGAAACUUUGCAUGCAAAGGCAACUGAUUCAGUUCCACUAGAUUCAGAAGGAAACAAGGUCAAGAGGACAUCCUGCAUGUAUGGGGCAAACUGCUACAGGAAGAAUCCUGUCCAUUUCCAAUGCUUCAGCCACCCUGGUGACGCCGACUAUGGAGAUGUACAAGUUGUGGGUGAAGAAGAGGUUGAUAGCCGGCCUGAAUGCCCCUAUGGGGCAUCUUGCUACAGGAAAAAUCCCCAGCACAAGAUUGAGUAUAGACAUAGUAUACUUCCAGAUGAAGGUGAUGAUGCACAAUCCAAUGAGUACAUGAAUGACAGCUUUCUAGAUGAGGAGGAGGAAGACUAUGAGCCAACAGAUGAAGACUCGGACUGGGAACCAGGGAAGGAAGAUGAAGAGAAAGAAGAUAUGGAAGAGCUUUUAAAAGAAGCAAAAACAUUUAUGAAAAGAAAAAAGUAACUGUUUUGCUUUUUCAUUAGGGGAAAAAGGCAGGAACUAAAGAGAUGCUUUCCUUCUUUGAUAUAUUACUGACUUCUUUGCAAGAAAAACAUUGACAUGUCUACCUUCUUUGAAGUGAUAGAGUGUACUCUAUUGCCUUACUUUUUUUCCUAUUUCAGGCACCUGGAAAUAGGAAGCGGAGAGGUUCAAGAGUAAUAUUGUUCACAUAGUUUAUAUUGG